UUCAAUCAUUAAAAUUCCACACUCUCUCCUUCAUUAUCUCUCUAUACAAUUUCUUGGCCAAGUGAAGAGAGAAACUAUAGUUCAAGAAAUGACAAAACCAGGAGAUUCAAGAAGAUGGAUUCUUGAAAACGUUCAGGUCGAAAAAAUGGCCGACGUUCCGAUCAACGAUCAAGGUUCCAACCGGAACACAUUCUUCCAUAAUCAAAGUUCACGUCAUGUCAGCAAAAAAUCUUCCGGUUCGGGUACUAAUAAUAAUAGCGAAACGCAGCCGGAAAAUCUUGGAAAAUUUAGUUCAGGAAGAAUUGUUAGUAAUUUUGGUUCGGCUCUAUGGAAAACUACGAGCACUACAUUGAGGAAAAUUCCGACUCGUAGAUUUGGUGCAAAUCCGCCGCGAAAAAUCGAAAGAACAGAAUCUACUGCUGUAAGAGGGCUUAAUAAUCUCAGGUUUCUUGAUAGAACAGUUACAGGAAGAGAAACGGAAGCUUGGAGAUCUAUUGAGAAACGUUUUUAUCAAUUUGCCGAAAACAACAGAGUUUCGAGGGACAAAUUCGGACUUUGUAUUGGAUUGGGAGAUUCGAAGGAAUUCGCGGAAGGAAUAUUCGAUGCGAUUGCAAGGCGGAAAAACAUAUGCACCGAAAAUGGAAUUUCGAAGGACGAAUUGAAGUUGUUUUGGGAAGAUAUGACUAGACAAGAUCUUGAUGCUAGAUUACAGAUUUUCUUUGACAUGUGUGACAAAGAUGGAGAUGGAAAGCUAUCAGAAGAAGAGGUUAAACAGGUUAUAUUGUUGAGUGCCUCUGCGAAUAAGCUAACGAAUCUGAAGACACAAGCAGACUCAUAUGCAUCUUUAAUCAUGGAAGAGCUCGAUCCUGAUCAUCUUGGUUAUAUAGAGCUAUGGCAGCUAGAAAUUCUACUAAUAGGACUAGUAAACAAUGAUGAGAAUGUCAACAAAUCAGACAGAAAUACACAAAAUCUUACCAAAGCCAUGAUCCCCAGAAAAUAUAGAUAUCCAGUCAGCAAAUACAUCAAUUUAUCAAAAGAAUUCGUCUACGAAAAUUGGAUGAGAAUUUGGGCUCUAGCAGCUUGGUUAGCCAUAAACCUCAUCCUAAUUCUCUGGAAAUUUAGAACUUUCGAGGAUUCGCCAAUUUUCAAAAUCACAGGCUAUUGUGUCUGUAUCGCGAAAGCCGCCGGAGAAGUCCUAAAGUUCAACAUGGCGCUUAUUCUUAUUCCGGUUUGCCGAAGAACACUUACUAGACUCCGAUCUACAAUUCUCGGAAAAUUCAUCCCUUUCGACGAUAAUAUAAAUUUUCACAAGAUCGUAGCCAUAUUUAUUAUGAUUGCUAGUCUUAUUCAUGCGGUGGUGCAUUUGACUUGCAAUUAUCCUCGGAUUAGCUCGUAUCCGAAAGGAAAAUUCAUGGUGCUAGUUGGAGAUAUGACCGAUUAUAACCAACCAAGUUACGGAGACUUGUUUCUUACUAAAGCGAACAUAACUGGAUUCUUACUCGUAUUUAUUAUGGGAUACGUGUAUAUUCUCGCGACACAUUCUUUUCGACGAAAUGCGAUUAAUUUACCGGGGCCGUUUCAAAGAUUGGCAGGGUUUAAUGCCUUUUGGUAUGCGCAUCAUUUGCUUGUUUUGGCAUAUAUUCUGAUAGUUAUACAUGGAUACUUUCUAGUUUUUCUGAGACCUUGGUAUAUGAAAUCGACAUGGAUGUACAUUCUUUUUCCGGUAUUAUUAUAUGCAAUUUUCGAAAGGCUCAUUUCGCGAUAUGAACAUAAUCAUCAAGUAGAUGUCGUUAAGGCAGUAAUAUACUCGGGAAAUGUUCUAGCAUUAUACUUGACUAAACCUCCAGGAUUUAGAUAUAAAAGCGGAAUGUAUAUAUUUAUUAAGUGUCGCGAUAUCUCAAAAUUCGAAUGGCAUCCAUUUUCCAUUACUUCCGCACCAGGAGAUGAUUAUUUGAGUGUCCAUAUUCGGACAUUGGGAGAUUGGACAAGAGAGCUCAAAAACAGAUUUGAAAAGGUUUGUGGCCCCCCAGUUACUACCCCAAAAAGAGGUAACCUGGUCAGAAUAGAAACAAGAGCAUUAUCAAAUGAAAACUAUAGUGAAAUACAAGCAACAUUUCCAAAUAUUGCUCUAAAGGGGCCAUAUGGAGCACCGGCUCAAAGCUAUAGCAAAUUUGAUAUAUUAUUGCUUAUUGGUCUAGGAAUUGGAGCAACCCCUUUUAUUAGCAUUGUUAAGGAUCUCCUUUAUCAUAUGAAACGACACCAUUCAGCUGACCUUAAUCUAGAUCCAGAAGCAAGAAACGGUCCAGAAAGAGCAUAUUUUUAUUGGGUAACUCGAGAGCAAAGCUCAUUUGAAUGGUUUAAAGGUGUUAUGGAUGAUCUUGCUGAUUUUGAUCAGAAUAAUGUAAUUGAAAUGCACAAUUACUUGACAAGUGUAUAUGAAGAGGGUGAUGCCAGAUCAGCACUUAUUGCCAUGGUCCAAAAAUUGCAGCAUGCAAAGGAUGGCAUGGAUAUAGUUUCUGAAAGUCGGAUAAGAACACAUUUUGCAAGACCAAACUGGAGAAAAGUAUUGUCCCAACUGACAAAUGAUCAUCCAUCUUCACGCAUAGGGGUGUUCUAUUGCGGAAGUGCAACUCUUGCGAAGCCAUUAAAGAAACUUUGUCAAGAAUUCAGCUUACAUUCAACAACUAGAUUCCAUUUCCACAAGGAAAACUUCUAAAGGUGGCAAUUUAUACAUUGAUUCCUAGUGCAAAUAUUUUAAUUUGUAUAGAGAAAUUUCUUGCAAUUAGCUUUUGCAAAAAUAGGUAUUUAAACUUAACAUGUAUUUUAGAAUUUCAUAUGAAUUUUAGAUGUUGAUCUAGUUUCGGUUUUGAAUAGAGGUGCUUUUGUCACAUUAUCAUUUUAGCAUUAA